AUGGCAAAUGCCAUCGAGGGAGACACCGCAUUUGCCGCGGGCAUCCUACGGAGCUGCUUCGGCCAAGGCGGUGACUUCACUGUCGUGGUGGAAGAGCCGGCGGAAAGCAGUGCGGCCGAAGCCAAGCGCACGGAGUUUAAAGUCUGGUCUCCCUUGCUCACGAGUUGGUCGGCUGUUUUCGACAAGAUGAUCAACUCGGAGAGCUUUAUGGAGCGACACCAGGCUCGGGUGAUCAUCACCGACUUCUCCAGCACAUCAGUGGAGACCUUCCUCCGUUUCCUUUACUCGGGCGUGGUCGAGGGCCCUCUUGAAGCCCUGGUGGAGGUGUGUGCCCUGGCGGACAAAUACCAGGUAGAAAAACUCCAGGAGCUUUGCACCCAGGCCUUCGAGAAGGGCCUCAACGCGAGGAAUUCCAGUCAAGUCUUUGUGUCUGCAGCCCGCUUCCAGCUUCCCGACGUGCGCCGGAUGGCGCUGGAGACGAUCUGGAUCAUGGCCGACGAUGCCUUGGAAUCCUGCCCUUGUGCAAGCCCUGAGCUCUUGGAGGAGAUCCUAGAGCCCGGGCUGAUCUGCACCAGCAACGCAGAGCUGGAGGUGCUUUUGAAUUCCUGGGGAAAUCGGAAGAAACGGAAGGCUGGAGAGGAAGAAACGGUGCUUGGGGCUCUGGAGCCGGUGAUUGAGAGACACCUGCUCCGCAUGAAAGAGGAGUCCGCCCGUAUGUCGGCUGCUUAUGGGCGCUCUCUGGCGGCUUUUGGGACCUUACCUGUCUGUGCCGCAAGCUACAGCGAGGAUAUCUUCAGCUGGUUGCGGGAAGCGUGUGAUUCCUGGGCAAGUCGUCCGCCGUUUCUGGGCUUUUUUCUAAACGUGGUCCUUGGCCCGGGCAGCUUUGAUUUUUGCUUAACAAACAAUGAGCCCUUAGAGCAGUAUGCCAGCAACCGUCGACCAUUCCACAUGACGGCAAAUUCAAUUACUUGGAUGCUGCCGCAUGACUCCGUCUAUCUCACGGGCCUGUCCUUCGCCAGGGACAUGCCCGAGCAAGUUCAUUGCCGGGUUUUCUGCUCGAAGGAUGGCUUGCACUGGCAUCUUGCUGCGGACUCCGCGAAGUCCAAGUUCGAAGCCAAGGCGCCUCUGCCCCUGAGCCGGCCGGCCCACCUGGUGAAAUGGUUCAAGCUGGAGGUUCUGGAAGGCGACUUCUACAACAACUUGCAGGUUCAAGGCAUCUGCAAGGAUGACCUUCGCUGA